GGCGCUGUGUCUUUGACUGAAGUCAUUCCCAUUGACAUCAACUACCUCGGGCUGAUACCAAAAUCAUAACGUCUCGAGACCAUCGCAAGUAUCUAUUGCACAUUGCGCACUGCUCCCCCAACCCGUGCAACCAUCGACGCCAACAUGCUCGCCAAAACACUCGCUUUGGUCGCCCUGGCGCUUUCCGUCUCCGCUCAGGACGACGGCGACUCGAGCACAUCUCUAGCCAUCCCCGGCACUUCUACUACUGCAACUACACCUCCCUCAGCUUUUAGUGGUGUCAGCAGCACAGCUCGCAGCAGCAGCACGUUCCGAAGCGGGCGAGCAACCACCACUGCGCCGUCGGUCUCUGCUCAGACUACCAUCACAGGCAUUGUUGGCUCCUACUCAUCCGGCUUUGCAGCUUCAAUCGUUGCCGCAGACCCAUGUGAGACGACUCUCGCCAUGCAAUGCACCGAUAUGGACGAGUACUAUUGCUCUCAAGCACCAAAUGUCGUGCUCACCGUUACCCAAGGCCCGUCCAAGUACGAAUACAGCUACUCGACUCGCACUGGCGGCGGUGUGCUCUCCUUGGCGCAGAGCUGUGCGCUGGACUACGAGUCUUCCACUAUUAAGCAGGCAGUCUGCAGUGCUGUCAUUUCUAUUUCUGCUGGUCGCACCAAGACCCAGUCCUCGACUGUUGAGACUUUGACGGCGAGUCCAGUGUUCAAUAUCAAGGAGAUUCCGAUCACUGCUGGCGCAGAGAAGUUGCCGAGUGCUGGGGCUAGCUGUACUGCUACUGAGGAGGAAGGAGCUGCAGCGACCCAAGUCAGCCAGGUGUACAAGGUUCUCGUGCCAGUUGGGAUGGCGGUGGUUGGCGCGUUGUUGUAGGAUCCGGUGGGCGAGAAGAUCUCAAUCAGAAAUGUAGUAUGUCAAGCGUGAUGCGUGUCACAUUCCAGAGCGAAUGCCGAGUCCAGCCAUACAUAUGGGAGUUGUUGGAUUGCCGCUUGGUGUCUGAUCGUCGAAAUAAUGUGAGUCGUUGACUGGCGCCUUUCAGUACUAUGAAUUAUUGUGGAUCGUUGUGAUUGAUGUUGAACUGCUUUUGAUACCGCGUCUUUCGUAUGGAUCGAAUGUCAUGUGAUCGUCUAGUCAAGCUGGGUUCUGCGUUCUGCGUGGGCGUGCUCGGUACGGCAUCAGCAUCAUCCACUCGAGUGCUCUCACCCCAUCCAGGCAGCACAGUCGAUACAUCAC